AUGCUACAGGAGCUUGGCGACUGCACCAAGUGCGGCAAGAUGAAGCAGACCUCCGGCCGCUUUGGGCUGCCGAUGUGUCGAGGAUGCGGCGAUUGGUUUUU